GAGAGAUGAGACUUUUUAAUGAAUUUUAUGAUGAAAACAACGACUGUAAAUUACUAUUUCAAGAGUAUCAUAAAACUAGUGAAAUAAUAAAGUUUAAUCGUGUUUAAACAAAGUAAUAAAAAAAAUAUAAAAUUAUCAUUAAAUAUGUGUCAUAAAUUAUAUCCGAAUGUGUUGCUUGCCUUUAUGGCAUUUUCCAUCAACUUCUAUUACUGCAGCACGGUGGAGCAGCAACAAGAGCAGUAUUACAGCAGAAACUUGAACAUAAAUACGCUGAGUCACGGCAACAGUACCUUCAGUCCGUCGACGCAGCAGUUGGCAUUUGCCACGUCCAAUACUCUGAGCCCACCUCCGGCAACGUCACCAUCGUCGUUGUCGUCGUCAGACCAACAUCAUUAUCGUCAACGUCAACAACUACCGCCCAGGGACACGGUCGAAUUGCAAUUUAUGCGGGAUAAAUACAAAUUAUUGGAUCAUCUGAGUGCAAACAAAACGGCACUUUUUAAGAGUAUAAUUAAAAAACGUGACAUUAUAGCGAUCGCCGAGGCAUCACUGAGCGACGACGUCGAUGGCGAGUUGCCCAUAAAUUUCGCAUCGCGUCGGUUACUCAUGGAAAACGUGGUAGCCGCAAGUGCGGCAUCAAAAUUUUCAAUUACGCAAAAUGCAAGUGAAAUAUAUCCAUCAUCUGUGAUAAAUGACACGACGCAACAACACCCGACAUCACUCUCGAACAUCAUUAAUAAUAAUAGCAAUGAUUCCAGCAUGUUUGAUCAGACACAAUUAUGCGAUGAGUUUGAGGAUGAAAAUUGCAUCAUUGAUCACGAUGUCGUGUGUGUCGGUGACCCGCAAUAUUGUAACUUGACAUAUGAGCAGUACACGGGUCUGUUGCUGGAAUAUAUCACACCAACAACCUCUGAAUGGAUAUUGAUUGUAUCCCAUUCAAUUGUAUUUAUUAUGGGUUUGGUCGGAAAUGCAUUAGUAUGCAUUGCUGUCUACACGAAUCACAGCAUGCGAACCGUAACGAACAUUUUCAUUGUUAAUUUAGCAGUAGCGGAUUUUUUUGUGAUACUUUUUUGUUUACCGCCAACAGUAUUGUGGGACGUUACGGAAACGUGGUUCUUUGGCGAAGCCAUGUGCAAAGUCGUGAUAUACUUUCAGACUGUUUCAGUGACGGUAUCAGUAUUAACUCUCACAUUCAUUUCCAUGGAUCGCUGGUAUGCCAUUUGCUUUCCUUUGCGCUACAAACCGAAACCAGAACGUGCUUGGCGUACCUUGGGUGUCAUAUGGAUCAUUGCUUUUUUAUCAGAUAUUCCCGAGUUCUUAGUAUUACGAACAAAGCAGAGGGUAAAAUUACGGUUCGGCAGUAAAUUAUUCACGCAAUGCGCUGCAGAAUGGGAAAUUGAAGAUGAACGUAGAUACAACAUCAUUAAGUUGGUGUUACUAUACGCUGUUCCCUUAAUAAUCAUGGCCAUUGCAUAUUUCCAAAUUGUUCGUGUGCUAUGGCGUUCGGAUACGAUACCGGGUCAUCGUGAGUCUCGUAACCAUCAGAGCUGUAGCCGUAAGUCAAUGCAUGGAACGGGCCGCACCGGACUCAACUAUCAUUCGAACCCGACGACAAUGGGACAGCUGCGUGCACGCCGAAAAGCAGCAAAAAUGUUGGUAGCUGUCGUGCUGCUCUUUGCCAGUUGCUAUUUUCCAGUGCAUGCAUUGAAUGUGGCAAGGUACGCCACCAACAUGGAGCAAAACGAGGUCAUAUCUGUCUUAUCACUGCUUUCACAUUGGCUUUGUUAUGCUAAUAGUGCAUGCAAUCCUGUCAUUUAUAAUUUUAUGAGUGGAAAAUUCCGACGCGAAUUCAAAAAUGCACUCGAAAAGUGUCGCUGUUUGAAGAGUAAUCGCGGGAUUGGAGGACGAGUUGGCGGAUAUGAGGAACGUUCGAUGUAUCACACGGCAACGAGAAUGAACAUCAGUCCAAGUACGAGAAGUAAUUAUCAAUUAACUAGUGUACGCGAUUUUACAGGACAUACAGCUCAGACACUGCAAACAUCAUUUAACGGCAACAAUUUGAACAAUCACCAAAUCUCGCCGGUAUCUGUGGAGGAGAGAAUUGGCUUGACAACCACCGCACAAGCAACGACAACCGUUAACGGGACCUGACGAAUGCGCUUACGUGUCUCAUGGGCCAACAAUCGCAACAAAAAGCAACCGUUGACCAGUCAAUCGCAGCACUCGCAACGGACAUGCAGCGAAAGUCUGUUUCCCGAUGACAUCGCGCCCAGUUGUAAUAAUCGCAAAAGUAGCAUUUAAUACAUUUUAAACUAAAAACUUCUAUUUAUAUACGCAAAUAUACUCAAAAAAUAACUCGUGUGUGAAAAACAACACCAUUUCCUGACGCGUUAAAGCGUUCCUAUUUACAACCAAUGGCAAAAAAAACUGU